AUGGUCUUCUUCUACCUCUUCUUCUACCUCUACAUGUUGGUCUUCUUCUACCUCUACAUGUUGGUCUUCUUCUACCUCUACAUGUUGGUCUUCUUCUACCUCUACAUGUUGGUCUUCUUCUACCUCUUCUUCUACCUCUUCUUCUACCUCUACAUGUUGGUCUUCUUCUACCUCUUCUUCUACCUCUUCUUCUACCUCUACAUGUUGGUCUUCUUCUACCUCUUCUUCUACCUCUUCUUCUACCUCUACAUGUUGGUCUUCUUCUACCUCUACAUGUUGGUCUUCUUCUACCUCUUCUUCUACCUCUUCUUCUACCUCUACAUGUUGGUCUUCUUCUACCUCUUCUUCUACCUCUACAUGUUGGUCUUCUUCUACCUCUUCUUCUACCUCUACAUGUUGGUCUUCUUCUACCUCUUCUUCUACCUCUACAUGUUGGUCUUCUUCUACCUCUUCUUCUACCUCUACAUGUUGGUCUUCUUCUACCUCUUCUUCUACCUCUACAUGUUGGUCUUCUUCUACCUCUUCUUCUACCUCUACAUGUUGGACUACUUCUAA